UUUACAGCCAAACAUUACGUAACGACACGACUCCGCUCUCUGAUUGGCUGAGCGGCCUGUCAAUCACUGAUCUGGCGGCCAAUGGCAGCCAGCGGCAGGCGAUACAAACUGACAGCCGCCAUGUUGUGUCUCCGGGGGCCUGGAGGGACGUCCGGUAGUAGACGGUAGAUGUGACCGCUUGCUCGGCAGCUCAUAGGGAAGGGACCGCAGCUUGAAGCCAUGAGCCGUCCGUCCUCAGCCGGAGCCGGAGGUGGAGGACUCGGGGCCGGGAAAGCAGGCGGAGGAAAGCACGGGGGCUCGGGAGGCGCAGCUGCCGCCGCCGCUGCCGCCGCAGCAGCCGCAGCAGCAGCGGCAGCUGCCGCCGGUGUGAGCUCCGUGGCCGGGUCUGGGUCGGCUGCCCCUUCCUCCGCCGUGUCCCUGCCCACGGCCGGCCUGCCCGGGCAGUCCACGGAGCUCACGGCGCUGUUCGAGUGCCCGGUUUGCUUCGACUACGUCCUGCCGCCCAUCCUCCAGUGUCAGGCGGGUCACCUGGUCUGUAACCAGUGCCGUCAGAAGCUGAGCUGCUGUCCGACCUGCCGAGGCCCGCUCACCCCGAGCAUCCGGAACCUGGCCAUGGAGAAGGUGGCCUCCACGCUGCCGUUCCCCUGCAAGUACUCGUCGGCCGGAUGUCUGCUGACCCUCCACCACAGCGAGAAGCCCGACCAUGAGGAGGUGUGCGAGUUCAGGCCGUACACCUGUCCGUGUCCCGGGGCCACCUGCAAGUGGCACGGCUCUCUGGAGGCUGUCAUGCCGCACCUGAUGCACGCGCACAAGUCCAUCACCACGCUGCAGGGGGAGGACAUCGUCUUCCUGGCGACGGACAUCAACCUGCCCGGCGCCGUGGACUGGGUGAUGAUGCAGUCGUGCUUCAGCCACCACUUCAUGCUGGUCCUGGAGAAGCAGGAGAAAUACGAGGGCCACCAGCAGUUCUUCGCCGUCGUGCUGCUCAUCGGCACCCGCAAGCAGGCCGAGAACUUCGCCUACCGCCUGGAGCUCAACGGCAACCGCCGCCGGCUCACCUGGGAGGCCACGCCGCGCUCCAUCCACGACGGGGUGGCGGCCGCCAUCAUGAACAGCGACUGCCUGGUGUUCGACACCUCCAUCGCUCAUCUGUUCGCUGACAACGGCAACCUGGGGAUCAACGUCACCAUCUCCAUGUGCUGAGGGGGCGGAGCAACAGUUGUGAUAAACAGACAGACGUCAUGACGCAGGGUCAGUUUGACCGUUCAGGAGGUGUGGCGUUCACUUUCUGUCUCGCUCUGUGCUCACAGGAAGUCGUAAACGUCCUGCAGUGAUGGUGAUACAGCUGCUGUGCAGCUGGACUUGUUUGUAAAACAUUUGCAGCAGGUUUAGCAGCAGAACGCCGGCUCCGCCCUGUUUGACGUGUGAUGAAUGACCGAACAGGAAGUGUCGAGCAUCAGGUGUCCUUCUUGAACUGAUGAAGACGAGGUCAGACCUGCUGCUGCGACCGCCGCCCGUCCAGACCGGGACCCGGGGCCCCGGGGCCCCGGGCCAGAGUCCACUCCCCCGAGCAGAGAGGAUUCUGGUCUCACUGGAGGAAACAAACAAAACCUUCACCACAGCAGCCACACAACUUCCUGUCGGGUUCAUCCGACUUCCUGUCGACGUGUUCACAGUAUUCUGCUCUUUGCUGCUGUCAUUGGCUGACAGGUGUUUUCAGUCAGAGUCUUUGUCUUCGACUGCAGCUUCACUUUUUACAAAGAUAUGAAAACAUGAAGACACGUUUGAUUGACAGGUUUCUCAGCCUGUAACAGGGGUCACUGUAGGUCAUUUGCUUUGAUGACAUAUGUAUAAUUCCCAUCUCAACAUUAAUGUUUAUUGGGACGAUAAAAAAAAAAAACUGCUGAUGAAUGUUAAAAUCAUCAGACAGUAAAUUAAAUACCUGACAUUCACCACUUCACACAACUGUCUAAUACAGAGAUACAGAUGUUGAACAGCUGACUGGGUUAUAGUCUUAUGAGAUAUAUUAGGACCUCAGCUAAUGAUUAUUGUUCUUAUUGAUUAAUCAGCUGCAUAUUUUCUCGAUUAGUUUAUAAAAUGUGUUUCGUAGAUUCAGUUCACGAAGAGAUGAAACAGAGAAAAGCAGAAAAUGGCAAAAUCAUAACGAACUGAUGAUCAGAAAGUUGCAGAUAAUUUUUCUGAUGAUUGAUUAAUUGACUCGUUAUUGCAGGUGUGAUGAUGAUCAUGUAUCAGACAAACAGAGCAGCUGCUGGCACCAGGUCUUCUUCUUCAUGUUGACAAUCAUGGUCAAUCAGAUCAAUAAACUUUAAUCUUUACUCACAUCCAGCUGAACCCAGAGUCGGGAAAAGUGAACGACACAUCAGUCACUCAAGUUUCAGACAUUAUUGAUCAGAGCUGCAACGAUUAGUUGACAAAUGGAUGAAUUGAUCGACAGGAAAUUAAUCGUUUCGCUCAUUUUUCAAGAAAAAAUGUUUAAAAAUUCUGUUUUCAGAUUUUAAAUGUGAUAAUUUUCUGCUUUUCUUUCUUUUCUGACAUUGAAUUAAAAAUCUCUGAAUGUCGUCAUUUCCUUAUUUUUUAACUUGAUACAGACGAAAUGAUGAAUCGACUCUAUAUGAAAUAAUCAGAUUAAUUGAGUCGCAGCUGAACCGUAGCACGUUCCCACCGAUGCAGUUAACAGUGUUGACCAAUGUGCUCUGUCACCUGUCAAUCAAUAAUCAAUAAUAACCAGCAGACAAAGAGAGAGGCUGUUGAAGCAGAAUAAUGUGAACACGUUCACUCUGUGCUUUAAUGACCGGAGCUGUGGCCUGUGUCUCAGGUCGCUGGUUCAAAUCCCGCGGGCGGCCACGGUGGCGUUCUGACCGCGGACUCGUCCCUCACGGUUUGGAGGUUUGGCGUCGGACCUCUGUGGGAUCCAGUCAAUCCUCAGACCUUCUUUUAAUCUCAGAUAAAAGCAGUGAAAUGGAGGAAUAAUCCUCCGCCCCUCCUCCUGCAGUCUGCCGAGCCGCCAGCGCCUUACUUUUCUACCGCCGUCCUCCUCAUGAUCGUGCUCUUUCUGAGGGAGUCUUGGUGCUGAUGAGCUUCAGUUGAACAUUGUUUUUAGUUUUCUUACUGAAAACCUGCCCAGGGAAACGACGAGACUGACGGAAGAGAAAUGUGUAAAAACAGUUUGCUGCUUGUUCAAAGCCACAGAGACGGUGGACGGACGGACUAUUGUAGGUAAAGAAACUUGAUCGUCUCUGAACCUUCGUAGCAACUGGAAAGAAGUUGGCGUCAGCAGAUACCUCUGAUCACGACUCACGUGACUGAACCGCAGAUUCCUCAGACCUCAGCGCCGUUUCCUCUGUGUUCGCUCAGAGACGAAAACCAGUCGUUCAUUCACACUACUCCAUGUAGGUGUGACUCGUCCUGAAUCAUAUCUGCAGCAUCAGCAACAAUUCCUCCAUUUAACCUAAAACAGCUGCAGAGCCUCCGUCAGUGGCAGAACGUUAAAGCUCCUCCAGUGUAAAGGUCUGUGUCCAUGUGUAGUGUGAUUAUAGAUCAGCUCUAGCUUCUAUAUUAAU